GGGGAGGAACUUCGCGCAUUCAAGAUGGCUGCAAUUCUGCCAGAACAAAACAUUUUAUAAUGGAAUAACUUUAACAUUUAAAGAUGCUUACAGUGACACUUGAGUAUUCCGUAGUGGGUUAGCUGCUGUAAAUGUACUUCUGGAACUCAACCGAUAACUAACCUUAGCUAAUAUGUAGCUAGAUAGAAGCUACGUUAUUUUUCUAUUACCAGCACAAUGAGCGAUUCCCGACUGUUCUCGAUCUUAACACUGCUCCUGGUAGUACCAGCGUCACUUAGUGUCCAUGGUGCUAAUUCAGGAAAGGAAUACCCUACUACAGAGAUAAGCACACCAUCCCUUCAUUGCUGGCAAGAGGAGGAGUUUUCGAUUUUGACAGAGUGUGCAAGGUGCAACCCCUUUCAGAUGAAAUCAUGGGCGCCGUGCGCCCGAACUGGAUUCAUAGAAAAUAUCAACUGUGCAAAGUCCAACAAAGUUGAAUACAAGAGCUGCCGUUCCUCUCGGAUGGACGAGAGCCUAUUCUGGAGGUUUGAGGGGAUCAUGAUGUGCCUAACUGUAGUCUUGGUCCUGGUGGUUAUAGCUCGUCAGAGAACCCUGGACCACCUGGCUUCUGAAAAGGUCAGCAGGCAGAUCCUGUCCAUAUAGAGACUGGGUGCUGUUGGCCGGCGCUUGACCACUCUCAAAUGUUUGAAGGACUUGAACGGCAGAACUUGCACAUUGGUAUCUCUUUUGGGAUCACUAUUUCCAUUUUGAUCCCAUGUUUUGUUGCGGCCUUAUUUGUGAAAUGUCUAUGUGUAAGUAUGACCCAUACACUGCACAAUAGUUAUUGGUUUGAACUAAUCUUACAAUAUGUUCCAAGUCAUUACUGCAGUAUGGUUAAUAAUAUUGCAGCACAGCAUGUCUUUAUGUUGUCAUAGUUGAUAUUGUUUCUGUGUGAUUAGAGUAUAGUCCUGCCUAACCAUUCCAUGUGUCAGUUUUGGGGAUUUGAACAUGUCAACUUGGUCUCACUUUCUGACAUUGUCUGCAUUGUCACCAUAAUAACUGAGUUGGUCCAACCAGAGACGAAUACUACAAAUAUCUAGGCCUAUGUGUUAUUUUUGAAGAUUUUCCUUUAAAGAUUGCUUUCUGAAAAAUGGGUAUUACCAGCUACAUUUAAUGCGCUACGUUAGAGAUGACAUUUUUUGAUCUGUGAUCAAUGUGCUUAUGGUGUAUUUACCAAUGAUUGGUCAAUCACGUUUGUGUGUGAAAUUCAGGUCUGUCUAAACUAUACAUAUCUAUUUAUUUAUGGUGUAGUUUGACAAGCAUUUCCUUUUGGUUACACACUAGCUUAAUAAAGAGCAGUGACACU